UGCUGCUAGCUUUUCAAAGCCCAAAAAUCAACCAAGCACAAAACGCUUAUGCGCCUCUACUACAUCGCGUUUCUUGUAGCUGCUACUUUCCUCGCCACUACCACCUCCGGCCAGGCAAAAAACAAGGAGAUCGACUCACUUCGUGCGUCUGCCGUCUCGGAGUCGGACAUCCCCAUCAAGCGUUUUCUGCGCAAGAGGGAGACUACGCAUAAUGACGAUGACGAGAGAGCUUUCAACGUCAAGGUGCCCGUGAAAGUGAAGAAGUUUGGCGGCAAGUUGAAGAGACUGUCAGUUUACAAUGUGUUUCUUGUGUUGGCACGGAAGGAUCCCCAAUGGGUCAAGGAGCACUUUCCUCAGUACUUCGAAGGCUUUCGGAAAUUCUAUAACAACAGAAUGACUGAUUGGGGUAAGUAUGGGUAGGCAUUGCUGGUGGGCGUUUGUUUCUUCUUGUGAGUCAUGUAAUGUAAUGAGAUACAAUAGUUUCUUACAGCUUCGAGUUAUUGCCGA